AUCAACUUACUUCCGGAAAGAUUGUUGACAUAAUUGCUAUGGUUUGCAGUUAAAUAUUUUUCGGGAAAAAUCAGACUGUCCAGUAUAUUUCCUGUUUGAUAACAUCUGUCAGCCUUCAUUAAGAGACAGUUAAUGGUUACAAGCACCCAAAAUGACAGAUAAGAUUAUUGCUCGACCGGGGAACUUUGAACAUGUCACUAAAAUGAGCAGGGUUGAUCAAGGAUUUGCGCAACCAAAAUCAAGUCCUAAGCCACUGUUUCGUCAGCUACCGAUAAAACUUUAUGAGGUCCAUUCCGAACCUAAGCCGGAUUUCAUCAGAGCGGAGAUGAAGCUAGGGCGCAACAUGAGGGCUGCCCCAAAGGGAAGCAUCCCUAUGAAUCCCCCUAACCCCCAGCUUGACCCCGAUGCUAGUGAGCCUCUCCUACACAAUCAGUUGCACUCCACUAACCCUGUCUCCGACUACUACGCUAACCUCCACCCCCGCCUUACUUCCCCAUCCCUCUUCGGCCCAAGUGUGCUUCCGGAUAUCGCAGCCCUACGUUGCAUCACCAUCCCACAACACCCAUCUCCGGCUUUGAUUGAGAUGCUCAAUCGUAACCACCUAAAAAGCGACACACCACCUUCGCGACAGCAUGAUGUGCAGUCAAAUCAUGCGAAACACAGCUACACAGAUGAAAAUCGGAUGUUUGCUGCUCCUCGAGAAAUACAGUCACAAACCAGGGAUCUUCCCAUGGAGCCACACGAAGGCAGUAAACCAGAACCAUUCAAUGCAAGAGCAAACAUAAGUGAAACAGAAAGAGAAAGAAUCAUUGAUGCCAAACGGCGAGAACUUGACUAUGGAUUCCGUUCAAGUCUAUUGACCCAGAUUACUACUCAGGCGGAAAUAAACUGUCCACCAAAAGAAAUUACUCCUAGCAAAGCCAUUCCUGCAGUGUCUGCUGAACCGACUCUUACUCCCCCUCCUCCUAUUAAUUUGUACAACUCGUACAAAAUGAAAGAUGGGCCAAGCAGUGGUGGGGACAACACAGGUCAAAACAGUUCCGCUUCAAAUGAACGGAAACCAAAUGAAACGUCUCGGCUGAAGAAUAUUGCAGAAAAUGCGGAGGAAAUUGCUGAUGACUUAGAGGCAGGCCCUAGAAGUGAUGAUGACGAUGAUGGCACUUUUAAUUUUUGAAAAAAAAUUAACCUCAGAAAAGAAAAACACUGUUAUUUCAUUAAAUAUAUUUUGUUUGUGAUUGAAAUUUACCAAAUUUGUUCCAUGGGUCACAAUUGUUUGGCCAUGUUUUUCUGUUUCUGUUAAAGUAAUCAUGCUUGAUCUUUUUUUAGAACAUACUUUAAUUGCAAGUUUUAUUAUAAGAUUUCUUUUUAAAUAAUGCUCAUUCCAUUAAUAUAAGCAAUCGUUAAUGAGUGUUUUGUCAUAUAUUUGAUCAUGUUGAUGUUUUGCUUAUUAAUGCAAAUGAAAUUGAUAAUUUUAGAAAGCAAUUUCAAACUGACAAAAGUAAAUAUGCAGUGUUUUACAUGUAUUACAGUAAUAAUACAUGUACAAAUCACUGAUGUUUUAUCUUUCAAUGUGUAGUCUAUUCAAAACAAAUUGACAGGAAAUAUUUUGUUAAAAAAAAAAGAUAUACAUUUUACAAUUGUAUCGAUAUAUAUUUAAUAAAAUUAUUUGUAAAUUUGUGUUGUUUUAUAAGAUAUUUUUUUAAUUUUGUCUUGGAAAACAAUACAACAAUAUUUUUAAAGCUUUUCAGUCCUUUUUUGAAACAUAUAAUUGACAAAGUAUGAUGCCAAUUUUUAUACUGACUGUUUUUUAAUUUCCUUUUUAAUCAUAUACUAACAUACCAUAUAUUUCAAUCGGGAGGUACAAACUUAAUUAAAAAAAAUAUAAUGCCAUAUUAGGAUGCAUAGAGUAUGAUCUUAUUGAGUAUAAUUUAUAUGUAUAUACACAAGUUUUCAGUUAAUAAUAUACAUUUAUAAUUACCGGUAUACUUAAUUGAUAUUUAAGUUAUGUCUCAUAUACUGCAAAUUCCAGCUUAAAUUUGUGUUUAUAAAUGCAUGGGUACUGUAAUAUGUGCUAUACAUAUAUGUGAUUCAAAACUGAAUGAGCAUGAAUUAAAAAUUGUAAAAAAUAAAUAUGCCAACCAUUACACAACAAACAUUUCAUGCAGUGGAUAGGUAAUUUUCAUAAAAUAAAACUUUUAAAUAGAAUUAUCUUUAAAUGUAACCUUUAUUUUCAAUACCUGUAUUUAUGCUGAAUAUGUUUGUAUCGAUUUUUUGUUAAUUCUUUACUUUUGUGUGUUCUUACUCUAGAAUUGUAGCAUCUUUUUUAGAUUAUUAUGCAUAGCAUUUUCUGUGAUAUUGUAAGUAGUUUCGUUUAUCUUAAUAAUCAUGAAUUACGAUAAUUAUGGUAAUGUUAUUACUUAUUGUAAGUUUUCAGACAUCUUUUUUAGUCCAAACAAUUAUUUUUUGUGACUUAUUUUUCAAACACUCAGAUUUCAGCCUAUUAUUCAUGACGUUCAUUGUUCAUUUGGUGACAUGUGUUUUUACAAUUGGAUGAUGUUUGUUUGGUAUCAUUUUAAGAACAACUGUUUGAUGUUACUUAGUUCCAAAUAUUAUGUCCUGGUAGAACCUUUCAGUAAACAAACUCAAACAUUUCAAACCCUUUUAAAUUCAUUGAAAACAUAUCUUUAAGUAAUAAAUACUUGUCAGUGCAGUAUUUACAAGCACAUGCUUUCAUUUAACAAGAACAUCCAGCAUGUCAUGUUAUACACAGCAAUUGUCAGUGACUCUAAUUUGUUGAAAUUGUCCUUUUUAAAUAUUUAUGUGUAUCACAAUUUUAGGAACCGAAAUAAUAAUUAUCAUGUUUACAUGUCUGAAACAAGGUCGCAUUAUUAGCAUACAAAACUGUAGACAUAAAAAUCAGAGAACCAGGAUAAUUAUGUAAUUAUUUAAUAAAACCUCAAACUUUGUACAUGACUACUAGGCGAGACUGCAUAUUAUUUUUAUUUCCGAAAUGCAUAUGAAUAAAUGUUAAUCAUAAGGUUUUUUCUGUGAAAUAAAUGUGUAGAAAUCACAACACAAGACUUUGCAUUUCUUAAUCAUCCCCCACAGGUUUGAUGUUUCCUUCUUUGUCUACAGAAAAAGUCACAGUUCUAAGAAGAAAAGGAAAUAUAUUGCAUUAAGUUAUUGAUGCUGAUCAUUAAUGCUUCUUUGAAAAUGACAUUAU